AGCGGCGCUGUAGUGCGCAGGCGCAGUGCGAGUGAAAAGGAGGCAUUUUCAACAGAGGCUCAGAGAAACCCUGCAGAAAUCACCAUGGCUGAGAAUAAUCCCGAGCUCGAGCUGAAGGUCUCGCUGGAACCCUCUCCAGACGCGUCUCCCAUCGAGGAGGACCCCGAGACGCCUCAGGAGAACAGCAACGGCGUCAAAACUGAUGCAGAGGAGAGCCAGAAGGACAAACCCGAGGGAAAGGAGAAGGAGAAGUCGUCCGGCGGCCGCAAGUCGAGCCGUUAUCACCCGUACAAGGACAGACACGGGGGCUCGGGGGACAAGAAGUCGUCCCAGCGCAACCGCGUGUUCAUUAGCAACAUUCCUUACGAUAUGAAGUGGCAGGCAAUUAAAGAUCUAAUGAGAGAGAAAGUUGGUGAGGUUACAUACGUGGAGCUGUUUAAGGAUGCUGAAGGAAAGUCAAGGGGCUGUGGGGUGGUUGAGUUUAAAGAUGAGGAGUUUGUGAAGAAAGCGAUCGAGGUGAUGAACAAAUACGACCUCAAUGGCCGACCCCUGAACAUUAAAGAGGACCCAGACGGAGAGCACGCGCGGCGUGUGUUACAGCGAGGAGGAGGAGGAGGAGGAGGCAGUUACCCCGGGGGCAGGGGGCACGACAGCGGGCCGGGCCAGGUCAACCUGCCCCCCUCCAUCUCUAACAACCCCAACAUCCCCCCUGACAUCAUCAGCGCUCUGCAGCACGGCCGCCUCGGCUCCACCGUGUUCGUCGCUAAUCUGGACUUUAAGGUGGGCUGGAAGAAGCUGAAGGAGGUGUUCAGCAUGGCUGGAGUGGUGAAGAGAGCCGAUGUGAAGGAGGAUAAAGACGGGAAGAGCAGAGGAAUGGGAACAGUUACCUUCGAGCAGCCGCUGGAGGCCGUGCAGGCCAUCUCCAUGUUUAAUGGUCAGAUGCUGUUCGACAGACAGAUGCACGUCAAAAUGGAUGAUAAAUCUUUGCCCCCUGAUGAUUUCCGCUCGGGUGAUAAAGCCCCUCAGUUGCCAAGAGGUCUGGGGGGUAUCGGGAUGGGUCUGGGUCCUGGUGGACAACCAAUCAACACCAACCGUCUAAGUGGAGGAGGAAUGGGCUCCAUGGGUCCUGGAGGGAUGGACGGAAGUGGGUUUGGAGGAAUGAACAGAAUGGGAGCAGGAAUGGGUGGAGGAUUUGGAGGAAUGGAUGGAGUUGGAAUGGGUGGAUUUGGAGGGAGAGACAUGACCCCCAUGGGCAGGAUGGGAGAUAUGUACAGGUCCGGUAUGGGGAUGAUGGAUCGUGACUUUGGGCGCAGUGAUAUGGGCAUGAACAGACCUUUUGGAGACUCAUUUGGGGGACUGAGUGGAGGAAUGGGAGGAUAUGGAGGAGGAAUGGGGAACUCUGGCAUGGGCCCAAUGGGAGCAGGAUUAGGAGGAAUGGGUAACAUGGGAAUGGACCGGAUGAGCGGAUUUGACAGGAUGGGCGGGAAUAUGGAAAUGAGCCGCAGUUUCGGCCAAUUCGGAGGCAGCUCAGGUCACAUGGGCGGAGACAGAGGGGCGGGGUCAAAGGGAGGAUGCCAGAUAUUCGUGAGAAAUCUUUCCUAUGACCUCACGUGGCAGAAACUGAAGGAGAAGUUCAGCCAUUGUGGUCAGGUGAUGUAUGCGGAGAUAAAGAUGGAGAACGGGAAGUCUAAGGGCUGUGGGACGGUGCGCUUUGACUCGCCGGAGAGCGCUGAGCAGGCCUGCAGGUUGAUGAACGGAACCAAAAUAAACGGCCGAGAGGUGGACGUGCGCAUCGACCGUAACGCCUGAACACACACACACACACACACACACACACACACACGCCUCACAACAUCCCAUUGUCCACAUUCAUUCCCUUUAAGAGCUUUUGUUUUGUUUUAGAAACACUUUUCUGAACAUUUGGACUGUCAUUGCACACACACACACACACACACACACACACACACACACACACUACAGAUAAUCAGCAGACCCGGCUCGUAGAUGAUGUGCAUAAUGUUUGUUUAUACACCAUGACUACUUUUUAUUUUUUUUGUAAACUUCUUUUUAUUUUGUGCAUCACCAGUUUAUUUGAAUGACGAAAUUAAAUAAACUUUUUAAUUUUUAA